AUGGCAGCCAGUCGAAUAAACCCUAAUCGGCCCUCCAUUCGCCUCUCCCCCGUUCAUUCCCGACAUAACUCUCGUUCAACUUCACCGGAAAGAAUCCCUAGCUCCAUAUUCCAAAAGCUUGACCCUCUCCUCAGCAACCUCUCCCCCGAAUCGACCCUCGAAGCCCUCACAUCUACCGACGCAGUCCCUUCGAACGAACAAGGUGUCCGUGAUAUACUUUCUCAAAGCAUCUCCCAAGUGUCGCAGACGGAACGCGCCCUAGGGAUACGCGCCGCGGUAGCUGCCCAAAACUUGAGUUUGUGGCACAAAGAGGUUGUAUCAUGGCAGUGGCCAAACCAGCAAGAUGCAAAGACCGGAAAAGGAUUUCUUCCUCCGCGUGAGUCAAACCAUAAGGGGAAUCCAUCCCUUCCGGGCCUUUUAUCUGCCCCUCGCAACCCGGAGGAGAGCUAUUAUGGGAGCUUGCCAGCCAGCGUGGUCGAGCAAUAUGAGAGUAGAAUUGAUGAGAUUCGCGAUGCAAUGGAAGAUCUCAACGUGGAAGAACUAAAGGAACACGUUUUGAAUGCCCACAUUCCAUCCAGAUCUCGACCCUCCUCUGCCACAAGCUGUUCAUCCGUACCUCCGCCGCUCAGCUAUGUACAGCUGAGUGACUUCACAGCUGUCGUUACCGCGACUAUCCUACGAGCCCUUCCGUAUCUGUCACGAUUGAACGCCUUACUCGCCACUUGGGACGUUCGCCUGUUUGUUUUGCGCCAAGUUCCUGGUCUGCUGAGAGAGCUGACCUUGACCCGAUCUGCCCUUGACUCCGCCUCCCGUGCCCUACGAACCCCACAUUCUUCUAUCACCGGCUCGGACCGAUACCCUGAUGCAUCCCUUUCCGCCGAUCAUGUCAACCUUGAGUCCGCAGUUGUGGCUGUCGGAAGGCGGAUGGACCGAGUUCUGGAUGCGCUGGAAGGUCGCCUGGACUCUCUGCCCGAGCAGUGGAUCGAUGAUCUCGAGUCCAUCGAGUCUGAUUUUGCUGCGUGGGUUGUGGAGGCUGAGCAGUACAAAGUUCAGACCGAGUGGUUCCGGUCCAAAGCCGAGUCUGAGAUGGCUCAGGCGCGUGCAGCCGACCAGCUCCUAGUUACAGAGUCAGUGGAGCAAAUACGGCAGGACUCCUCAGCGUCCGAGGCAGCUGCCCAAGAACCCGCGGGGCAUGAGUCACUCGUCUCCCCUGAGCAGGCUGUUGAAAGUGAGACUGAAUGUCAGUGCGGUCCUGAACUCCCGUCUGUUGAAGCCAGGGCACCGAGUCCACAAUAUGUUCAGCACGCGACGUCUCCUGAUGAGUGCCUCGGUGGGAAUACUCUACCAGAUCUCAAGCUCCCAACGUCUCUGGCAAAGCCUCAGAUUGAUAAGCCAAAAGAGAACCUCACACCUUUGCCAGUGGCCGACGAUCUAGAGACACCAACGCAGUCCGAUUUUCCGCCAGCUCCUGCGAUCAGUCGCCAGGCAUUCCCAACUCCUGCGCAGACGCUUUGUGCGGAUGACUGCGACUUAGAAAACAAAGAAAACGUUCCUCCGUCAGGUUUCCAACACCCCGACGGUAUGUCGCCUGUCUGCCAGACUCCUUCGACAAAGUCCAGUCCCUUGUCUGAGCAUGGAGCUUCUGCAGCAGGCUCUUCCAUUCAGCCUGUCACUGCAUCUGACGCUGAAGCUCAGCUCUCCGGGGAUACUGCUUCUGUUUUGAAGGGCGCUACCGUAGAAUUUGAUGUUUGUCUUGAUCGCGAAGAAUUGCCUACUGAGACGGCAACUGGGUUGGAGAAAGAGAAGCAGUCUGUUGGUGAAACCCAAGCGAACACCCACUCCAGGUCCACCGAACACACUCCCAAGACUAUCUCGAGUGUUGGCCAACGCUCCAGAUUGCCAGCCAGGUCAAAUAGACGGAAUGAGAGUGAUACUCCGGUAGCAGCAGUUAUCUCUCCGGUAUCCACGCCGAACUGGUCGGAAACCCGACUGCCGCAAUCGCGACAAUCUGUCAGGGGUUCCCAGAUCCCCAUGGCUGUCCCGUCACCCAAGCCAGGCUCAAGCUCUACCCCCAUCAAGUCUCACGCCUCGAAUGAAGCGAUAGCAGACCCCUCUCAGCGCACUGUCCGCAAACCAUUACAGAGCCCUAUCAAACUCUCCAAAUCCCGCCCAGUUGAGAAGGAUGCCAAAGCACACAAAACAAAGCAUCGUCGUGGGACAUCUAAUGGGUCUGUGGGGUCUUCACUUUCAGGUCGUUCUUCUUUGAUAUCCAGUCCAGAGGUGCAAGCACCGCACACUGUGUCCUCUAAUGUGACAUCACUCGGGGCAUCACCUCGUCCUGGAUCUUUACAUCGUCCCUCACAUGGGGACUAUACCUUGAGAGAGGAUCGUCUACGUCGUCUGGAGGAUCAAAAACCUGAUCCGCGAGUUUCAUUUCAACAAAGUCGCACGGUCAGCCUGCCUCUCGAGCGGUUCAUCAAUGAACGACUAGAGAUGGGCCUGGGACCCGAGUCGGCGCCAGAUUUGGCUGUUGUGAAAUCGUCUACAACACGUUCUGUCACAUCUGCCGACUUCCCUCAACCGCCUAAGAAGCACACGAGAUCUUUCUUCGGCGCCCAUUCCACCCCGGGUCUCGCCACUCGCCGUCCUCAACUCUGCCGAGGAAAGUCUGCAAACGACUUGCAUUCUCAGAACGAGAGGUCAAAGAUUGCUCAACAGAACAAAACGACAUUCGGGAUGAACUCUGCCCGAAGAGCGAUUGAACACCUUACGCAACCCAGGUCUCUCCGCCUACGGCAGCGACUGACUGCUCAUCCAAGCCUCGAGAGCCUGGGUAUGAAGAGACAAGAGCUGUCAUAUGUGGAAGAACAUGAAUCUGAAUUGACAGAUUCCGGAAGUCGUGCUCCUUCGUCACACUCCAAGCGUCCCCGAGACCAGCUCGACGAAAAGAUCAACUCCAUCUUGAAUUCAUUGCCUGGUCACAUCCAUCUGGUCGAUUCCAACCACGAAGCAGACACAUCAUCCUCAUCGUCUUCCAUGGAUCGCCGAAGGCGAUACCGAUCCGAGUCACCUACCGUUCCAGCUCGCAGCACUACCCCUGCGCCUUCACUGACUCUGAUGCCCGCUGCCCGGAGACGCCAAAGCCAUGCAUUCAAGACGGAGGACAGCUGUGUCAAACUCUACCACCUCCACCACGGCGGCCAGUCGGCGCCGACAAAACUCUUUGUUCGUACCGUGGGAGAGGAUGGGCAGCGAGUGAUGGUUCGUGUUGGCGGUGGAUGGGCUGACCUCGGAGAAUACCUUCGCGAAUAUGUCAUUCAUCACGGUCACCGAAAGGUGUCUGAAACCCCCCGCGUGGAGGUUCAAGGCAUAAAUCCUCGUCCUUCUCCGCCAUUUGUCUCUCCAAGCUCUUUAUUAACCCCGGCACCCUCAGCCCUUCUUUCCUCUGGCAGAGCUACCCCGUCGCGAUCACCAUCAGUGCUGAGCAGUCGCGCACCUUCCUCUCUAACCGUUCGCAAGAAACGACGGGGCUCAGCCGCCUCGGAGAUCAUGGCCAACAGAGCAGUGACAACAGGUCACAUCUCUCACAUCCCCCACCUCUCCUCCUUUACCUCACCCCCGCCUCCUAUCUCCCACCUCCCUUCCUCCGCCGACAGACGUCUUUCCGUCUCCUCCGGUUACUCGAUCGGUGACACCCAUUCCCCUGCUCAGACCGCCACUGCCCUCGCCAGCGAACCUCGCGCCACCCCGCUGGGCUUGGCUGGUCCCCGGCCACGUGCUCGAUAUGAGUCCAUGAGCCCAGAGGGUGAAGCCUGGGUCGCAGACGUCCUCCAAAAGACCCGCCGUCCCAGCUCUCACGCCCCUCAGUUCGCGCUGAGUAUCCCACCAGACCACGACGACGAUCGAUCUGAGUUCGACGGUCUCGGUCACCACCUACCCAAAGUCCGCAGUAUCGGUGACAUCGGCUCUACCGGUACAAGCCGACGAGUCGUGCUGAAAGGUCUUGGAGGUCGCAGAUAG